UGUUGCCGCGAGACUUCGACGCGAGUCUUAACUGCGGCUGGGGGCCCGGCGCGUUCUUUCCGCCGCGCGGCUGAGGAGAAAACUUGAAGACAAAUGGAUUCUGCUGACUGCAUGUCAUCUGACAGAGCUAUGGAAAUUGAAAAUGAAAGUGAGGACUCUUCAUCUGGUAGCAGUUUAUUUAAAACACAAUGUGUUCCUUUCUCACCUAAACGGAGGCAAAAAACAGACUUUAUCAGAAAAUCUAUUCCUACUCAAUCAUUUGAAAGUGUUGAAACAGAUUCAUCAAGUGACUCAUCUAUAGAACCAAGACCAUUGACUUUAAAAGCCAUUUUUGAAAGAUUCAAGCAAAAGAAACGGAAACGUAAAAAGAAGAAAUAUAAACGAAAAUUAGGACCCAGGGGAAGACCAAAAGGCAGAAGAAGCACUAGAAGGUCCCACAUAGAUAAGAAACAAAUUAAAGACAAAGGAUCAAGGUUUCUAUUUUUACAGACAGAGAGUGGAAAAAAAACAUUGCCAUGGAGGAAAAUUUUAACCUUUGAGCAAGCUGUUGCAAGAGGAUUUUUUAACCACAUUGAGAAACUAAAGUAUGAACACCACCUUAAGGAAUCAUUGAAACAAAUGAAUGUUGGUGAAGAUUUAGAAAAGGAAGAUCUGGAUAGUCGUAGAUACAAAUACUUGGAUGAUGAUGGAUCCAUUUCUCCUAUUGAAGAGUUAGGUGAAGAGGAGACUGCACACCUUGAACAUGAUUGUGAUAUCCAGAUGGUAGAGCACAGUCGUUUCAUAAUAAGUUCUAAAUUCCCAAAGAAAAGAAAGGUGGAUUUAGAACAAGAAAAUAAUGAAGUUGCAUUGUCUAAGAAGAGAACUUCUAAGAACACAAAAAGGGUAAAGAGGACAGAUUGGCCUGAAAAGGAGGCUUCUAUUUUGAGAAAAUGAGGUCUGGAGUUCAAGACAAAUUUACUGUGAGUGGAUCAUAUUUACAGUAUUAGAAUGUCUCUGAAGUCUAUACAAUUCCUGACUGUGAUAUAGGAGAAAUUACUAUGCUGCCAGCUUAUUCAUAAGAAAAUUGGGCAGGCAGUUAGCAGUUGAAUCAAGCUGUUGGACUUAAAGUAUCCCAAAAUUUGAUUGUGGAAUGACAUUUCAAGGAUUUUAGAUGUGUCAUCAGUAAUUCUGUAAUAGUGCAAGAAGCCCUAAUAAAAGAUUUGUGGCAGGGCUGAUCAAUUUCAGCUUUUUGUUGGUCAUUUGAACAUAGCAACUAGAUUUUGGCCUCCUGAGCAGUGGUACGGCUGACUUGAAUUGUUUGCUUCAAAAAGGGCUGCCUUAGAUUAAGAGAAAUUUUGAGCUUCACUUUGAUGGGCACUGAAGGAAUCACAACAUAACGUGAAAAUUAUUAAAUAAAAAUUUAUUGACUUCAAAUAAAACUCCAUUGUAUCCUG